GGAGGGGCGUGGCCGGAAGGCGGAGUCCGGAAGUGAAGGGACCGGGUGGUUUUUGCGGUCUGCAUCGGCGGCUCACCGGGCGCAAGGUCAACUAGCCAGCCACCGAAAUAAAAGAUUGCCCAUCGCCAUCCCCUGACCCCCCUCGACAGCCAUGGGGAACACCAGCAGUGAACGCCAGGGGGGUGAGCGCCAGGGGGGUCACAAGACCCCUCGAAGAGACAGCCCUGGGGGAUCAAAGGAGGGAGACAGGCCCAAGAUUUUGAUGGACAGUCCCGAAGAUGCUGACCUCUACAAUGCUGAAGAAAUGAAGGCUUCGAUGGAGAAGCACGAAUUCCUCGCUUGGCAACACGAUCUGGAGGUGAGCGACAAGGCUCCCACCCAGGCCCAGCCGACUGUCUUCCGGUGGACUGGCGGAGGCAAGGAAGUUUAUUUAUCGGGCUCCUUCAACAACUGGAACAAACUCCCGCUGACUCGGAGCCACAACAAUUUCGUAGCCAUCCUCGAUCUCCCAGAAGGCGAACACCAGUACAAGUUCUUCGUAGACGGACAGUGGACACAUGAUCCUUCCGAGCCUGUCGUGACCAGCCAACUAGGAACCGUCAAUAAUGUGAUCCAAGUGAAGAAGACCGACUUCGAAGUCUUUGAUGCUUUAAUGGUCGAUUCCCAAAAGUGCUCCGACGUGUCAGAAUUGUCGAGCUCGCCCCCCGGACCGUAUCACCAGGACCCCUACAUCGUCAAGCCGGAAGAGAGGUUCAAGUCGCCCCCAAUCCUUCCUCCCCACCUGUUGCAAGUCAUCCUCAACAAAGACACUGGGAUUUCCUGCGACCCGGCGCUCCUUCCUGAACCUAAUCAUGUCAUGCUAAACCACCUCUACGCCCUCUCCAUCAAGGAUGGCGUGAUGGUGCUCAGUGCCACCCACCGUUACAAGAAGAAAUACGUGACCACGUUGCUGUACAAGCCCAUAUGAGAGAGGGCAGGGACAGCGGACUCGUCCGAGAGAGAGGAAUUGCUGUCACAAAUCACCCCAGCAUCAUCCUUGCUGUUAAAACCGUCCCGUCCCAUUCCCCCAGCACACACACACAGACACAGAGAGAGAGAGAGUAUCCCGUUUAGUUGAACUGGUGCCUUGCUUUCUCCCCACCUGUUCUUUGGAUCCAGAUUUAGCAGCUGUGGUUUUGCUCCCAUCAAGCGUGAAGCUGCCUGCAAGACACCCAGAGGACAUCCAAACUGUGUGGGCCAGUUGAACCGUCGAGAAUUAAAUCCUCCCAACGCUUCCCACCCCAAGGUCACAGGAUGGCUUAACGGCUGCCAAAGAGGGACAAGGGGGUCUCGAAUCCUGAAAACGUCCGUCUCGUCAUCCUAGACCUGUUCCGUCACCCCGUCACCUGUUUCGUUUUUAAUUUUUUU